UUGAAUUGGCGGUCAUCGCACAUUUGUUUGACCGAAUUGUUGUUUUGCGAAAUACAAUGGAUGGAAUUGUUUUGUGCGAAAUUGCGGAUGAAGUACCGCCAGAACGUCCCGAGGAUCCAGCGGAGUUCCGCUAUGCAAAAAGGCGAUGGGUGUUUAAGGAUUUUCUAGUUGAGCAUAAGGAGGCGAUUUUGAUUUGUAUUGAAAAGUGCCAGAAUGCUCGGACAAGAAAGCUGAAGUUCAGGACCAUCCGGCAGGACUCGGACACCUACAUCCUGGUGCUUUGCCAUGAACAGACGCAUGUUCGAGCCCGUGUUAUCGAGAUGGAAGUCGGAGAAAAACUUCUGCCCAUUUUCUUUAAGGACUUUAGGAACAGUCUGGAGUUCGAGGUGGCCCAGCAGGAGAAGGAGCACAAGCGUCCCUUAAAGACAUAUGUGACCACCAAGCUGUAUGACGCCCUCUACGAAAGACACCGCCAAAGCAUCAAUGUGGAACAGGACCCUUCGCUGAACCUGCCUAAAAGAUUUCAAUCUCAGUUACGCAAGUACCAGCAGCGCACUGUAUCCUGGAUGCUGGGACGGGAGCAGCAGAUCACUGAACUGCCGGCCAACUACAUAGUGCUCCAUGCCAUUGAUGGUAAAAGUCGCGUCUUCAAGCAUAAAUACUGCUUACAAUUUUACCCCUUCGAGGAGGAGAUUCCCAAAAUCACGUUGCCGCCGGGUGGCAUUCUGGCUGACGAAAUGGGUCUGGGCAAGACCGUUGAGUUCCUGGCCAUGCUGCUGAUGAAUCCGCGACCGCAGGACUCCUACCGGAACGAUUACUGGCACCAACGUUUGGAGGAGAUAACCGAUGAUGUGCCAUUAAAGCGGGCACGCAUGACCAAACAACAGGAGGUUUUCUGCAUCUGCACCAAGAAACGUGAUAAACGCGUGCAGUGCAGCAAAUGCCGUCGAUGGCAGCACGAAUCGUGUAUGGGCUCUUCAAAUACAUCAGCGCACUUGUGCCCCAGCUGCUGGUCCGAGUUGGUAAAGUCCAGUGAAAGGCUUGUGGAGAGCGGUGCCACCAUCAUUGUUUCUCCCAACGCUAUCAUGAUGCAGUGGUUCGAAGAGAUACACAAGCAUAUAUCGCCAUCCCUUAAGGUGCUACCUUAUUUCGGCCUACACUCAUCCUUCUGGGUUAGUCCUCUCAAACUGGCCGAGUACGAUGUGGUGCUUACCGACUAUACGAUACUGCGUAACGAAAUAUACCAUACGACGGACUACAAGUCAGACCGCCAGAUGCGUCACCAACAAAUGUACAUGCGACCCAACUCCCCACUUCUAAUGGUAAACUGGUGGCGCGUUUGCCUGGAUGAGGCACAGAUGGUGGAAAGCAACACUUCAGCAGCUGCCGAGAUGGUUAGAAUGCUGCCGGCCAUUAAUCGUUGGGCUGUUACUGGCACAAUUGAUGAAUUGCCGCCUCUGUUGGAGUUUGUGGGCCGACCUGACGUCUGCAGACCACCGGAUGCUUGGCAAACUGUUGACAAGGCCUUUCAGCUCAGCUACAAGUGCGAGCCGCUGCUAGAGCUCCUCGAGCACAGCCUGUGGCGUACAUGCAAGUCCAAAGUGGAGGACGAACUGGGAAUUCCGCCACAAACGGAAGUUGUUCACCGCUUGGAGCUGAGUAACGUGGAGUCUCUGUACUAUCGCGAAGAGCAUUUAAAGUGUCACGAGCAAUUCCUUGCUGCGGUGGCCAAACACACCCGGCAUAAUGAAGACAAUAGCUCCUGCCUGGCGUCCAUCUCCCCACAACUGCUGCGCAUCAUCCUGAAGCCCUUUCUCCGCAUCCGACAGACCUGCUCAGUACCAGUAAUGCUCAACAGCAAUGUGUCCAGCACCGACUACCUGCACCCACAGGAUCUGCUGGCGCGUCUGAAGUCCAACAAUGAGAACGAGUGUAAGACAGAGCUGCGCAGCUGGGCAUCCUCCUACAACGGCCUGGCCGCUAUACACUUCAUAAAAGAAGAUUUCCCCCAAGCCAUUAAGUAUUAUAAUCUCCUGUUGAAGCUGGCUGAUGAAUAUAACGAGCAAAAUAUAUCUGUUGACAGUGUGCUUCAAAUUCAUGCGAUAUACAACCUUCUACAGGCAUGUGAACUGGCUCCCGUUGCAGACAAGUUAUCAGAACUGGAGCACAAAAAGUAUCAGGCUCAAAUGAAGCGACUGGAGUGGAAGUAUUUAGAGGAUAAUACAUACGUGCUUGAAAGCGCACUCAGCUGCUACAACGAAAAUCUCAAAGAAGUUUGCGAACUGGAGGAACGAUUCGAGGGCAGUACUGUGGAUCUGCUGGCAACGGUGGUGAACCACAAAACCUCUCUUCACGAUGCUAUUUGGAACAAAGUCCGGGAUGACUUCUUCCGCCAAAACAUUUCGGUGGAAAGGCUCGAAAACGUAAACUCCAUGGCCGGAAUGCUAUACUUUAUGGAUGUAUGGCAUAAUAAGCUACAAAAGUUAAAAAGCAGUUUGCUCACUGAGUUUGAAUACCUAAAGGAAGUUAUGCAGCAAGCUUGUGAGGCUAUCAAAACAGGAGAGGCGCUCUCCCAGGAGAUAAACAACUUUAUUGGAAGCGUAACCGAUUGUCAUUUGGCAGAUAUUUUGGACGAAAAUAAGGAUAAGGAUAAGCAAAAGAAACCCAAGAAGAAUCGUCAUUGUCAGCUGUGCAAGAUUCGCGAUUCAUUGAAUCAAUUUGAGUGUCUUCUGUUUGCUAAAAAGCUGGACGAACAGGCUACGGUAACUGAGGGUUUGGAAAACCCCAGCAUGGAAAUAAGUUUAAUUAAAUCCAUCUUCACCUUCCUGCGGUCUAAGCCAGACUUUAGUGAGUGGAAAGAGGAAUGCCAGAGCAAACUGGAUUUGCUGUCUUGCCUUCAGGACUUGGUCAAGUUUCAAAUCAAGUACUGGAUCGAGGUGGAGUACAUGGUCAAGGCUUUUGACGAACUGGAAAUGUGCAAGAUGCGGAUCCUUCUCACCGACGAUCCGGAGGAGCAAUCAAAUUACAGAAUCCUGGCGUGCCAGCUGGACGAGCAGCUAGAGUUCAAUCAGUAUAAUCUGCAGCAUUCGCAGUUGAACUUUACAAGACUGUGCGGUCGUUUAAAGUACCUGAAGCAUCUUAAAGAGGAUUCCGCCGACAAGCCUUGUCCCAUCUGCCAAACGCAAGACGACGUGAGGUAUGUGAUGAUGGUAUGUGGGCACUUUGUGUGUCAACACUGCCUGGAUAGCAUGAGGAGGAAGAGCGGCCGAGUGUCUGGCGUCACAAAGUGUCCACUUUGUCGGCAGGACUCGCCACAGUUAUAUUACUCCGUUCGUCCGGGAUCCCACAAGUCAAUUAUUGGAGACUUUUCGACAAAAAUCUCAAGUGUUGUGGAAUUAGUGCUGAAAAUUAAAGGCGACAAUGAGCAGGAAAAGAUUAUAAUAUUCUCCCAAUGGCAGGCGAUUCUUAUUGAAAUUGCCAGAGCCCUCAGUCUCAACGGCAUUCAAUUCCGCAACAAAUGCACCAAUAAGGAUUUUGAUGAUUUUAAGGACCCAUUUAGCAAUGUCACCUGUCUACUAAUGCCACUAUCCAAAGGCUCAAAGGGUUUGAACUUGAUCGAAGCCACACAUGUAUUCCUCGUCGAACCUAUUCUUAAUCCGGGCGACGAGCGCCAGGCCAUAGGUCGUAUUCACCGAUUUGGACAAAAUAAACCCACGAAGGUGCAUCGUUUUAUUGUGAAUGGAACGGUUGAGGAGAAUAUCCUCUCGCUAAUUACUUCUGCCGAUGACACGACCACUCUGUCAACUCACUGGGAUCUGGAGAACAUGACAUUGGACAGUCUUAAGAAGCUAUUCAUACUCAAGGAGAAGGAGUAGAACAAAUGAAUUUCAAAUAACCCAUUCCGAUUAGAUUUAAGCACUUAGUAGGGAAGGUUUGGAUACACAUUUCUUGCAUAUUUAUAUAUAAAUAUAUAACUGCCACAAACUGUUCAUCUUCUGAAAAGCUUAUCAGAUAAAAAGUAUUUAAUAUGUAAUGUAAUAUAAGGAAAAUGUAAGUCAUUCCGUCCCCCAGAAAAAUCAAGAACAACUUUUGAUUUUGGGGUUGUAUAAUUUCUUAGACUUGCAACCUUUCAAUUUAGUCCAAAAUAAAUGAACUAAAGUCGAA